GCGGCUCGACGCCGCGCCCCACCCCCCCCGCCGCUCCCUCCUCGUCGCCCUGCUCCCCUCCGCCCUCCCCGGGCGGGGUUGCCCCGGCUGUUGGGAGGCCGAGGUGGAUUCACGAGCUCGCCCGGCAGCACUCGCGAGGCGCCGCGCCUCCUCCCAGCGGCCCUGUGGGAUGGGCCCGCCGCCGCCGCGAUGGCGGAGUUCCUCGGCGCGGUCGUCGGCCCCGACGCGCAGCUGAUCCCGAGGGCCCCCGCGGCCCCGGCCGACUUCCUCAGUGCCGCCGCGGGGGUGGAGCUCGCCCCCGGGGGGGCCCUCCCCGGGAGCGCGGGCGCCGAGCCGGGGCAGCAGAGGCGGCCGGGGCGGAGGCAGCAGCGCCCGCGCGCCAGCGGCGCCAGCUCGGCGCCGUCGGAGCCGACGCCCCAGGCGCCGCCCUCCGCGCGCGGCCCCGCCCGCGCGGGCUCCGCGGGGGCGGCGCCGGCGCCGCGCGCCGCCGCGGAGCGGGGCGAGGCGGGGGCCCCCGGCGAGCUCCGCGAGGGCGCCGCGGCGGGGCAGGAGACAGCAAGCAGGGCGUCGGGGCCGCCGGGCUCCGCAGGGAGGAGCGCCAGUUCAUCCGGCUGCAGGCGAUACUCACCGUGCUGCCCCAGCACCUGCUCGGCUGGACGGGGUCGAGCCCAGGCUCGGAGGACUCUCCCUGAGGGCUCGACGACUUUUCUUCGCCAAUCGACCUGUGGGGAUCGGGCCAGAUCAACAUCUAGGCAGAUGCAGAUGCAUCGAAGUGCACCCAGGUUAACUUCAAGCACAUCCAGGGAAAUCCAGGUAGGUCCAGAGAUCUCGAGGGAAGCUCGGAGCACAUCGCAACCUCUCUCUGGCGCGAGUCGAGGAGGGGCGUCCGAAGUCGUCAAGCCCUUCACCACGAAGGACGGGCGAGGCGACGAGCGGACCCACGCGGACCUGGUGGAGGCCGCCCUGGUGAGGUCCUGCCUGGACUACCCGCGGUACGCGGGGAAGCUGGGGCGGCUGGCCGUCGCGCACGCGAGCCAGGACAUGGCCGUGCUCGUGGACCACGAGGACGCCCAGCUCUUCGCGUGCGUCCGGGGGACGAGCCCCUUCGUGCCCCGCGACCUGAGCGACGAUGCCCGCGUCAUCAUGGGCCUCCCCCCCGCGCGCGUGGCCGAUGCCAAGGCUGCAUACCGGGCCGUGCGCAAGCAGUUCCCCGGCUACAGGUCUUAUGGCUGCGGGCACUCGCUGGGCGGGUCCGUCAUGCACGAGCUGGCCUACGUGUUCGAGAAGAGCCCGCGGUAUCGCUUCACCCGCGUGGACGUGUUCAACGCGGGAGGCUCCCCGCUGCAGCGCAGGAACGCAGCGCUGAAACACACAGUGUUCCUGUCGCACAGAGUGACGGGAGACCUGGUGUCCUACUUCUACGACCCUCCUGGAGGGGGCACGAUUGAGCACAAGGAGCGCCCCCAGUUCGGCGGAGCCCACUGGAUGGGCCACUUCCUCCCUCGCCGCCGUGUCGUCGCAGCCCAGGACGCAUGACGCGGGUGAUACCCCGCCCGGGCACAGCCUCGCAAAAAAAAGCUUCAGAUCUCCAAGCGUCGCAGAA